AUGAGCUCGAAAGAUUCCUCGUCAGAAUCCAAACUGACCGCGGAGGUCGUCAAAUUCAUGAGGGAAGGAGAUUCUAUGGCGAAGCCAAGCAAUGGUAAUACUAAUGACGUGAUAAAGGAAGCUAUCCCUGUAUCGGGGCUGGUGGGGGAGGAGACGGCUAAGGUAACCGUUACUGAGUACACCAACCCAGAGGCCUCUCCUCGGAGUCAAGCCGUGCCGACAGCAACCACCCGAGCGUUGGCUAGUGCUCAUCGAUGGGAAGAUUUGGAUAUGACAAAUGAACUCAGGAGGGGUAUUUUGGAGAAGGGCUUCAUCAAACCUAGCAAAAUUCAGGAAUUGGUCCUCCCUUUAAUUCAAGAUGGUCGUAAUAUCAUCGGCCAGGCUCAGAACGGUAGUGGGAAGACGGCUACUUUCGCUCUGGGUUUGCUCAGUCGAAUAAGCUUGGGGUUGAAGACUUUCCAAGCGUUGAUCCUCUCGCCGACCAGAGAGCUUGCUAUACAGAAUCUGGAUGUUGUCGAAGCGUUGGGGAAAUACACUGGUAAGAGCGAUGUGUGGAUUGGGGGAGUAUCCGAGGUUGACUUUGGUAAGAUACGGAUCAUGCCCGAUAUUCUGCUUCAGAUAUUGUCGGGAACUCCAGGGAAGGUUUUGGAUCUGAUUACUAAGCGAGUAAUUGAUACUCGUAAUGUGAGCAUGUUUGUUUUGGAUGAGGCGGACACUAUGAUACAGGUACAUAACAAUAUGGGAGCCGCUGUGAACAAUAUCAGAUCUGUGCUGCCCAAACACGACCUUCAAAUUUUACUCUUUAGUGCGACAUAUCCAGAGAAUGUGCGUCGAUUCGCCCUCAACUUGGUACCUCAUGCUAGCAAGAUACAGGUCAGCAAGGAGGACCUCACUUUGAGUACUAUUUGGCAAACGUUCAUUAACACUGGAAAGAACUUCCAAAAUAAGGUUCAGAUCCUUUCUGAUCUAUAUGCAGCCAUGAACGUCUCCCAAUCGAUCAUCUUCGUCAAUUCGAGAGUUACUGCUUUCAAUCUGGCCAAGUUACUGCGUGAUGAAGGGCAUUCAGUGUCGUUGAUAUGUGGCACUCAAAUGAGCGGAGCGGAGCAAAUCAGUCCGGAGUAUCGUGAUAAGAUUAUGGACGAAUUCCGCAAUAAGGUCACGAAGGUUUUGAUAGCGACUGAUGUUCUAGCUAGAGGAAUAGACGUGCCUGCUGUCACGUUGGUGGUCAAUUUUGAGUUGCCGAUUGAUUAUUCUGACGGACCUAAUAAUGGGAAAUGCAAUUACGAGACGUAUUUGCAUCGGAUCGGGAGGACAGGUAGAUUUGGCCGUAAAGGUAUUGCGGUUAAUCUGGUAUCAGAAGGAGAGCUGGAGUUGGUGGCUGAUAUCGAGAAUUAUUUUCCGGGCACGAAAGUUGACGAGCUCACUGUCGAUGAAAUUGAUACACUCGAAGAUAGGCUGAAGAAACUACGAUAG